AUGGGCAGUGGCUUCUUAGGACUUUUUGGGCUUUGGGGCGUUCAAACCUCGACUUGUGCAAUUGUUAAUGUCUACUCACCAUGUGGUAUCGAGGAAAAGCGUCGUUUAUGGUCUGAUCUUGUGGAAUGGCGUAGAGGAUCCCCCAUGACAGCUUGGUGUGUAACCGGCGAUUUUAAUGCUAUUACACAUGUGGACGAAAGGAGAGGGGUGAGUUUGACGGGGUAUGAAGGUAAUGAGAUGGAGGAAUUCAACAUGUUCAUAGAUAAUUUGGAUGUGUUGGGCAUUCCAUUGAACGACCGUAUUUUCACUUGGUAUAGGCCAAACGAUCAAUCCAUGAGUAGAUUGGAUAGAUUUCUUGUGUCACAUGAUUGGAUUUUGUCUUGGCCCAAUUGCACGCAGUUGGUGAUGGACCGGGACUUCUCAAAUCAUUGUCCUAUUCUCCUUAGGGAUGUGGUACAUAACUGGGGGCCAAAGCCUUAUAGAGUUCUAAACUGUUGGUUUCAGAAUCCGUCCUUUAGGAAAUUGGUUGAAGACUCCUAUUCCAAUUUGCAGGAACUCUUAAGGAAACUGAAUGAUUUGGAUUUAGUAGCUGAAAAUUUGGGGUUAACAGAGGAGGAGGCAAAGGAAAGACAGAAAGUACAAGCCGAAUUCUGGUGUGUAUCAAAGCUUCAUGAGUCUAUUCUCUGGCAAAAAUCAAGAGCACGAUGGAUUAAGGAAGGGGACAUGAAUUCAAAUUGGGUGGAAGAUGUGAGGAGGAUUAAAGGGGAGGUUAAGAUAUUCUUUGAGGAGAAAUUACGCUGCCAGAUUGGGGAGGAUAAACUUGUGCUUGAUGGGGUAAACUUCAGCAGAAUCUCAGCAGAGGACAACGCCAGAUUAUGCUCUUGGGUUGACAUGGAGGAAAUAAAAGGAGCGUUGUGGGAUUGUGACUGGAACAGAAGUCCGGGACCGGAUGGUUUCAACUUCAAAUUUAUCAAAGCUUUUUGGGAUAUCCUCAAGAUGGAUAUUGAAUGUGUCGUAGAAGACUUAUGGGCGGGUGGCUCAUGGCCAAGAGGAUGUAAUUCAUCUUUUGUAGUUGUGAUCCUGAAAGUCCCGUCCCCUCAGGGACUUAGUGAUUUCCGACCCAUUUCCUUAGUUGGAUGUCUCUAUAAGAUUGUGACCAAAAUCCUAGCUCAGCGACUCAAAGUGGUGCUUCCAAAGGUGAUAGAUGAAAAGCAAUCCGCUUUCUUGGGAGGCAGGAGCAUGUUAGAUGGGGUGGUGGUGGCAAAUGAGAUCGUUCAUGCAGCAAAAAGCGGGAGGAAACCAACGAUGCUUCUUAAAGUUGACUUCGAGGAGGCUUCUGAUACAGUCAACUGGGGUUUCCUGAGAUACAUGAUGCGGAGAAUGAACUUCAGCGAGAGAUGGAUCAGAUGGGUGGAUGGUUUUCUGAUCUUAGCAUCAGUCUCAGUGUUGAUAAAUGGCAGCCCAGGAGACGAAUUCAGUAUGGGGCGAGGGAUUCGCCAAGGCGACCCACUUGCACCAUUCUUGUUCCUUAUAAUAGCUGAGGGAUUAUCUGGAUUAGUUCAUAAGGCUUUGGAUAAAAGGAAGCUUAAUGGUUUCAAGAUGGGAACAAUUAAUGCGAUUGAGGUGGCAAUAUUACAGUUUGCAUAUGACACUUUACUGAUGGGGGAAGCUUCCUUGCAUAAUGUGCUAACUUGGAAAUGUAUCCUCAGGUGGUUUGCUAUUGCUUGGACACUAUGGAUGCAUCGAAAUCAGGUGAUCUUCAAUGGGGGGAAUGUAAAAGAAGGCCAGGAAUUAUUUGAAGGUGCUCAAAUCAGAGCGUGGCAUUGGCUAACAGGAAAGGCCAAAGGUUUCCACUUCUCACUUUAUGAAUGA